CCCAAGCCCAGGCCGCUUGCUCAGGGCGCGGGGAGGCCUGGCCUUGAUGGACGGCUGCGCCGCGAGUCCGAACCUGAGCUCGUGCCGCCCAGAGAGCGGCUCGCGCGGGCACCAUGCGGUGGGGUGGGUUGGGGUGGGGGGCGUUGCUGGUGGCAGAGGCCCGCGCGGGCGCGGCGCGCGGCGCGGGCGCCUCCUGCUAUCAGCCUGCCUUUGACAGCGGGCCGACGUGCUGUGUGUCGAGCUCGGACGAGGUGGCUUUCCUCGACGCGCGGUCGAGCGCCUGUGCGCACUUCGGGCACGGCCUGCUCGCGGCCUCCGAGUACCUGCGGCCGCCCAACGGCACGGUCGACUUGCCUCACGAGGCGGCCUUCCAGGAGGCCGCCUUCAAGCAGGGCAUCUUCAACACCGUCACGUAUCGGGACUGCGACACCACCUGGCUGGGCGUCACCAUCCGCCAGCCGACGCAGGACAUCAUGAUCAUACAGCAGCUGGUGUACGCCCUGCGCCCGCAGCUGUUCGUGGAGUUGGGCAGCUUCCGCGGCGGACUGGCCUACUUUGUGGCGACGCUCUUCCACCUGCUGGGCCAAGAGGAUGGCCGUGUGCUGAGCGUGGACCAGGUCGAGAAGGAGUACCACGAGCAGCGGAGCUGCACGUCCAGUGGGAGGAGAGUCGGCGGGCGGCGCGAGAGGUCCAGUCAGCGGCGCCCGGUCGGCUCCCUCAACCAGGACAGGAUCUGGAGGCAGCACGUGCGCGAGGUGAUCGCCGGCUCCACCUCUGAGAAGGCGCUGAUGUGGGUUCGUCGCGAGCUGCGCAGGCUGCCAUCUGGCGCCAGCGUUGUCAUCACGCUCGACAGCGCUCACAACUACGCCCACGUGUGGAGUGAGAUCCAGCUGUACGCGCCGCUGGUGCCCGUGGGCUCUUACCUCGUCGUGCAGGACAUCAUCCUGGACUUCGUGAAGCAGCCCUGGCAGGGCCCGAAGGCGGCCGUGGACCGGCUGCUGCAGGCCCGGCCAGAGGAGCGGGCGCUUCUGGGCACGUGGCUGUGGGACAAGUCUGUAGAGGUGUACGGAUACACCGGCCACGCGUACCUGCGCCGCGUGGCAUAAAGCGAGCGACGCAUCGCCAGACGAUGCAUCGUCAGACGCUGCUCCCGGACGGGCGGAGGGCCCCUCCUUCUCGCUCCCGCCGCGCAGCCAGCGCGCCGGGCGCGCGCGCGCGCGCGGCCCGACGGACGAGGGCGAGCGGCGGCGACGAGGCGACGAGGGCCAUGCCAGGGCGGAUGGGGAUCGGUUGAACGGUGCUCCCUCGCCCUCCCCUCCUCCCCAUCGCUCGGGUCUGAGUGCAGGAUGGCUCCAAUAUGGUCCCAAUGUGCUGCAAGAGACUGCCAAAAGCCUCCCAAGAGCCGGCGUAUUGUAGGGGUCGUGACGUUUGGCCUUUUGCGAGUAGUCUACCC